GAGGAGCGGGAGGGAGAAUCAGUGAGGGAGGCCGGAGGCGGCUGGCGGGUGGUACAGCAGCAGGUGGCAGCCAGUCUCGUCUCGUUGCUUCAGUUGCUCCACAAUGACGGAGGAGGAAGGGUUGGACGCGUUCUGUGACUCGACUUUUUGGAAUAACACACUUUCUUGGAACACCACCAACCCUGACUUAACAUUAUGCUUUGAGAGAACUGUACUGGUGUGGGUGCCAUGCGGGUACCUGUGGCUGCUGGCACCCGUUGAAGUGGCAUAUCUCCGUAACAGUGUGGACAGAUUGGUGCCAUGGAGCAUCUUGAACAUCUCAAAGUUGGUUACCACAAUGGCACUGCUUGUUCUUCAGUGCAUCAAUCUAUUUUAUGCCGUCCACCAAAACAGCAUUGGAGAGAAUGUUCCAAGUGUGGAUUAUGUCACUCCUGUUAUUAUCUUCCUUUCAUUGAUACUUGAGAUGGUAUUCAUGCUACUGAACAAGAAGAGAGGGUUGCAGACAUCUGGCUAUCUUUUCAUAUUCUGGUUCCUCUUGAUGGUGUGUGGCAUUCCAGAGUUCAGGACACUCAUUAUGCAGCACAGUGUGGAAGAUGAGGCUUAUGAUGAGAUGCGCUUCAUCACCUACAUGAUAUACUUCCCGCUCAUAUGUAUCAUGUGGGUCAUCCACUGUUUCGGUGAAGCCACUCCACAGUAUAUUUUCUUCCCCCGUGGUGAGAAACCAAAUCCUGAGACAAGUGCUUCCUUCCUGAGCCGCAUCACCUUUGCUUGGUUGGACUCACUCAUCUGGAAGGGAUACAGGAAACCCCUUGUACAGGAGGAUAUGUGGAAUCUCCAGUAUGAGAAUGCCACCAACACCAUUGUGGGCAGAUGGGAUAAAAACUGGAAGAAAACUGUUCGGAAGGCAGAAAAGAAACGGGACUCUCAUGCCAAUGGUGAGCCUUUCAACAAUGCAGUCCACAUAGAGACAGGAGGAAAGGCCAAGAAACCCCUGUCCAUACUCCCCACCAUGGUUAGCACAUUUGGCCUGCCCUUCCUCUUUGGUGCCAUCCUCAAGCUUAUCCAUGACACACUGCAAUUUGUUAGUCCACAAAUCCUCAAAUUGCUUAUUAAUUUUACUGAAUCGGAUAAGGAAGAGACACCUCAGUGGCAAGGCUACUUCUAUGCAGCAGUGAUGCUGGUAGCUGCCCAGACUCAGUCAUUUAUCUUGGCUCAGUACUUCAAAAAGAUGUACCUCAUAGGCCUCCAAGUGCGCUCUGGCAUUAUUUCUGCAGUGUACCGCAAGGCCUUGCUCAUCUCCAGCUCAUCCAAAAAGGAAUCCACUGUGGGAGAGAUUGUCAACUUGAUGUCAGUGGAUGCCCAGCGUUUCAUGGAUCUCAUGGCUUAUAUCAACAUGCUCUGGUCAGCACCCUUCCAGAUUGCUCUGGCCCUUUAUUUCCUGUGGGAACAUCUAGGUCCGUCUGUGCUGGCUGGAGUUGGGGUGAUGGUAGUGCUGAUCCCUAUCAAUGGCUUCAUUGCCAAUAGGACCAAGAUUCUCCAGAUUAGUCAAAUGAAGAGCAAAGACAAGCGUGUCAAACUCAUGAAUGAAAUCCUCAAUGGCAUCAAGGUGCUGAAGCUGUAUGCAUGGGAACCCUCAUUUGAGGAGCAAGUGUUGGGUGUUAGGGACAAGGAAAUUAAGGUGUUGAAGAAGGCUGCAUACCUCAAUGCCGGUACUUCCUUCAUUUGGACCUGCACCCCAUUCUUGGUAACCUUAGUCAUGUUUGCUACAUAUUUGUUGUCAAGCCCUGAACACAUCCUUACAUCAGAGAAGAUCUUCACUUCAUUGUCUCUCCUGAACAUUCUGCGCAUGCCCAUGACAAUGUUGCCUUUCCUUAUUGUGGCAUCAGUACAGGCAAAUGUUUCCCUGACAAGACUCAACAAAUUCCUGAACUUGGGUGAGCUGGAUCCCAACAGUGUUACCCAUGACAGCAGAACAGAGCAUCCAUUAGUGGUAGAAAAUGGUACCUUUUCAUGGGGCCACAGUGAUGGGGACGAGAAGCCAGUGCUCAGAGGCCUUAACAUGACUGUGGAGAAAGGCUCCCUGGUGGCGGUGGUUGGAACUGUUGGGGCUGGUAAAUCCUCACUCUGCUCAGCUAUCCUUGGUGAAAUGGAGAAGCAGAGUGGCAGAGUUAAUGUCAAGGGGAGUGUGGCAUAUGUAGCACAGCAGCCCUGGAUUCAGAACAACACUGUGGAAAACAACAUCCUCUUCAACCAGAUUAAGGAUAAAGAUUUCUACAACAAAUGCAUACAGAGUUGUGCCCUCUCCUCAGACCUGGAAAUUCUUCCUGGAGGGGAUCAAACUGAAAUAGGAGAGAAGGGAAUCAACCUGAGUGGAGGCCAAAAGCAGAGAGUCAGUUUGGCACGAGCUCUUUAUUCCGAUGCAGACAUCUUCCUGCUGGAUGAUCCCUUGAGUGCUGUGGACUCUCAUGUCGGGAAGCACAUCUUUGACCACGUGAUCGGCCCUUCAGGGAUGCUCAAGCACAAAACACGCAUCUUAGUGACCCACGGCAUUACGUACUUACCCAAGGCGGACAAGAUUGUGGUACUUAAAAAUGGAGAAAUAUCAGAGCAGGGAACAUAUUCUCAGCUGGUGGAAAAUAAAGGAGAAUUCAAUGAGUUCCUGCUUCAGUAUCUUGCUCAGGAGGAAGAAGAAGAUCUUGAGGAUGAUCUGGAUGAGUUAGAAAAUAUUAAACAGAACUUGGAAAACAAAAUGGGUCGUGAGGUUUUCCAACGUCAGAUUUCCCGCAAAAGGCAAGAAUCAGAGUCAGAAAGCAUAGAGGGUGACAGAGGCAGACACCACACAGGUGAGAAGCCCAAAAGGGAGAGCUUGAAGAGACCCAAGAAAAUCAGCGAAUCAGAGAAGACAAAGGCUCCACUAGCUGCCAGCCCAGUGGAAAAGAAAGCUGGUGAAAAACUUAUUCAGGCAGAAAAGGCAGAGACUGGUAGAGUUUCCUUCAAAGUAUAUCUUUAUUAUAUUCGCUCCAUUGGGAUCACCGCCACAUUGAUCACAACGCUGUCCUACAUACUGUCGCAAGCCUGCAGUGUGGGCGCCAACGUGUGGCUUGCUGCCCUGUCUGAGGAGAACUAUACUGAUGGUGUUAUGGACGAUCAUGACCGUGACUUGUACUUGGGAGUGUACACAGCUCUUGGAGUUGGGCAAGCGUUGUUCAUCAUGAUCGGGGCCAUGAUGAUUGCGGGAGCCACUGUGCAUGCCUCAGUUAUCCUGCACAAGAUGCUGCUCAGGAAUGUGUUGCGCAGUCCUAUGUCUUUCUUUGAUGUGACACCAAUUGGUCGCAUUGUCAAUCGCUUCGCCAAAGACAUAGACACUGUUGAUGUAAUGCUGCCAACCAAUUUCAGGGCAUGGAUAGGAUGUCUCAUAUCGGUGGUGGCAACAUUUGCAGUGAUCAUUGGCGUCACUGUUGAAUUCACUUUGGUAAUGAUACCAACAAUGAUCAUCUAUUACUUCGUUCAAGUAUUGUAUGUGUCCACUUCAAGACAGCUGAAGCGCAUCGAGUCAGUGACCCGCUCCCCUAUCUACUCCCACUUCCAGGAGAGCAUCCAAGGAGCCUCCACCAUCAGGGCAUUCAGCAAGCAGCAUGUGUUCAUCACGGAAUCUGAGAGGAGGGUGGACAACAACAUGGUCAGCUCGAUCCCAAGCAUCAUGUCCAACAGGUGGUUGGCAGUAAGAUUGGAGUCCAUAGGCAAUAUCAUGACCUUCUCAGCUGCCAUGUUCUCUGUAGCUAGACGAGGGACUAUUGAAGGAGGGGAAGUUGGUCUCUCAAUCAGCUAUGCACUCUCUGUUACACAGACUCUGAACUGGCUGGUGAGAAUGACAUCUGAUGUGGAAACCAACAUUGUGUCUGUGGAACGCAUCAAGGAAUACACAGAAACCCCUCAAGAAGCUCCCUGGGACAUACCUAACAAAAAACCAUCAAAGGACUGGCCACAGGAGGGCAUAGUAAAGUUCAACGACUAUGCCACCAGAUAUCGUGAAGGGUUGGAUCUGGUUAUCAAGGACAUAAAUAUUAAUGUUAAAGCUGGAGAAAAGAUCGGAAUUGUGGGAAGGACAGGAGCUGGAAAGUCCUCCAUGACACUGGGUCUGUUCCGCAUCAUUGAGGCUGCUGCUGGAAACAUUAGUAUAGACAAUAUCAAUAUUGGUGAGAUUGGCCUGCAUGACCUGCGCAGCAAGUUAACCAUCAUCCCUCAGGAUCCUGUGCUGUUCAGUGGCUCACUGCGGAUGAAUCUGGAUCCCUUUAACCUGUACAGUGAUGCAGAGGUGUGGUCUGCUCUAGAGCACGCUCACCUGAAGGAAUUUGUGUCCUCUCUCUCUACUGGCCUCCAACAUGAAGUCUCAGAAGGAGGAGACAACCUCAGUGUGGGCCAGAGGCAGCUUGUGUGUCUGGCCAGGGCCUUAUUGCGCAAGACCCGGGUGCUGGUCCUGGACGAGGCCACAGCUGCUGUUGAUCUGGAGACUGACGACCUCAUCCAGCAGACCAUUCGCCAUGAGUUUAUGGACUGCACAGUUUUAACCAUUGCACAUCGCCUCAACACCAUCAUGGACUACUCCAGAGUCCUGGUGCUGGAUCGAGGUAUGGUGAAAGAGUUUGAUUCCCCAUCUUCAUUAGUUCAAGACAAAUCUUCAUUAUUCUAUGGCAUGGCCAAGGAUGCUGGACUUGCAUAAGGAUAGUGAAGAUGUAACUGAUAUUUUAGUGUACAAGGACAAAUGAUAUUUUAUGAAUCAUUGUACUUACAAAGUUCCUGAGUUGCAAGAAUUCCCAUAGUAUAGCGAGUGUUAGAGGAGCAGAUACGGUGAUACCUGCAUUAGUACUUCACUGAGAUGCCAGCAGUUACUUAUUACUAAGCAACUUUAUGAUGACUAAAGAAUGCAUGAAAAAGAGUAAUUGGUUCCAGAUGACUCCCAUGAGCAUCAAAAUUCUUCUGAAAAUUGUAGAAAUGCACACCUGCACAUGCUCAUAGGUCAUCACCACCACCAUUACUCUCUUCAACAACAAGGAGAAGGAUGAAAAGAGCAUUGGAGAAAGCUGGGUGAUUUACUGCUGGGAAGAGGUGGAAGGACAUUGGUCCUCAUCCUUCCUAGGCCUUUUGAUGGUCCCAUAUGAUUAUUUUCAGUACAAAAUAUUGGAAAUGUGCAAAGAAUACCUUAGUAACAAUGCAACAAUAACAUAUGGGUAAUAUUUUCGUUGGAGGUGUGUGGGUAGUGUAGGCUGGAUGAAUAAUGGUGCUGCUGUGUCUAGGAGAGGUGGCAUGGACAAUUAUAAAGCAGUGAUGAUGCAGUACUUGCAAGACUUUAUGACCACAGUUUCUUAAGAAAAUUCAAUGUUUUGAUGUCUCAGUGUUGUUGUGGCCACACAUCAUUGAGAUCUGUGUACUUAUGUAUGUUGCUGGUCACGUGAAAGUGUGAAAGUGAACUUGUAAUGAUUGUUGUGGUUGUUUACCAAGUGAUGUUUUAGAUUAUCAAAAUGUUCCCUUAGGGUGUAGUGGCAAUCUGAGUGGUUGAGUGGUGUACUUUAGGUAGGUAUUAGAUUACAUUAGAGUUUCAUAAUUUAUUACAAACAUUUUAGUUUUUAAUAAUCAUCUAGGGUACAUCUAGAUUUUAAAAUUAACUUGUGCCUUAUUUAUAUAAAAUUAUCAUCUGUAUUUUCCUAUAUUUGUGUGGAAUAUAGGAUCUUUUCAUGUCACAGUUGUUUAUGUAUUAUGCAUUAUUGUUGCUACUACCUUUCCAUCUGUUUCUCAGUCCACUGAGGUACAUAGAAGCAAGAGAAUAUCAGUAAUAUUACUUGGCCUUAAAAUUUCAGUGUAGAAAAUUAUUAUUCAUUGUUAGGAUAACAUUUGAAGAAGUUGUAUAUGUUACAGUUAUCCCAUGAAACUACUGUCUCAGGUUCUCAGUUUACUCAUUACCUAAUGGAGGAAAUCUUAUAUAACCUCUUAUACACCACAAAAAUAAAUAAAUUAUUA